UAUCGUUCUUCUCCUUAAAACAAAUAAACCCUAGGCCCCCAAAAAAAGACCCUAAAACCAUAGAUAAUGUCGUACGACGACGUGGAGAUCGAAGACAUGGAGUGGAACGAGGAGCUGCAGGUGUAUACGUACCCCUGCCCAUGCGGCGACUUGUUUCAAAUAUCCAAAGACGAGCUCCAACGCGGCGAGGUAAUGGCGAAUUGCCCCAGCUGUACCCUUUUCAUAACGGUAAUUUACAACAUCGAAGAUUUCCUCGACAAGAAACAGAAGGAUAAGUUCGAACCCUCCAAACAACAGCCAGUUGCCGCCGCGUAAUUUGAUGAAACGUUUCCAGGUAGCUUGGGCUAAAUAUGGAUACUAAAUGGCAGAAGAUAUCUUUCCUAAAGAGUUAAGAAGUUUUGUUCGGGAUUGUCAGUAAUUGAUAGUGUUUUUUUUUUUACUAUUAUAUAUAUCUGAUUGGCGUGAUUGUUACAAGGGUCUUAUUAUGGAUACACAAUGGCAUAGAGGGAUCUUUACAGGGGAUUUUAAGUAAUUAGUGAACAAAUUUUUGUGUCCGGGUAGAGUGAUUGUUGUAAGGUUCUUGUUAUGUAUUUAUUAUGACUUGAUAUAA